AUGUACGUGAUUUAUCCAGCCGAUGAAUUGAUAUUAUUCACAUACGGCAAUAUUAACUUGAUACCAAAGCAUAGACCGACAUUGGACCGCAUUAGAGAUCCUGGGGUCGCAAUUGACGAAUAUCAUCAACGGCAUCAGCAUUCACAACAUCAGCAUCAGCAUCACUCAUUCUCAUCACAAUCGUCUUGUCGAAAUCGACAUUCGAGUGAAAAUAGUGAAGCCGAUAACGCGAUUCGAGCACCGAACUCACACGGGGAGGAAACAAGCGUGGAGCGAAGAAAAAAGUCGAGCUCUGCAGAAGUGGAGCGACGAAGCGCCAGCAGGGCCCGCUCACCGUCGUCGCUUUUACCGCCGCGUCCGCCGGCGAGCAACGGCAGCAGACAGGCGUCAGCGCGUUCAUCGCCGCUGAGACACUUGUUGAAUCUCCAUUCGGACAGACGCUCCAAGUCUCCCGAUUGUAAUAGCGCGACACGCGUACGGGAAUCAGUGCAUCUGCGUAUCGCAAAUCCGACAUUCACACGCGAUAAUUUGCGAGAAAGAAACUUUGAAGCGUUUUUUGCAUCCGGCGAGCCUGUCCUUGCUGCCAGCUCACCGGUGGACGUCAAAGAUAAUAUUGAACUGUGCUCGGGGCCGUCGUCUGCGGUCACGACGCCUAGUACACCUCCUUAUUAUAAAGUAGGCAAUAAUAUCUCCAAAACGGCGCUACAUUCGUCAGCACCCACAACCCCCCUCAGCACACCAAAAUCGCUCAACGAUAGAAACUAUCAACAUUUUACCGGCAGCUUUGAGAAAGAAUCGACACCCAAGCCGCAGCCGUCCGGGCGCGGCUUCAACUUGAGUCGGCUGCGCGGUCGCCGGAGCCGCAGCGUCAGCGUCACCCCGGGUUCUCCGGGUGCGAGUCCGACGAGCAUGGCCUCGGCGGACGGUGGAGCGCUGAGGGACCUUGUCCAUCCGCAGCUCAACGACGCUCUGAAAGCGCAUAAUGGACAUACUUUCAAACUCGUUAAGACAGUAUCGGAUUUCACGGAGUCGCUAUCGCAAUUAUACGAGGCACAUGCCGAGAGCCUCCAAGACCUGGUUUCUAAUUAUAGGAAAAAGAACGCCGAUUUAAGAAAGGAACGGCCGGCAUGCCAGAGUACUCUCUUCUCGGCGUGGGAAUGUUUCCUGCAGGAGGUGGAGGCAGAUUCACAAGGAUACACUGAUAUUGCAAACACUCUUGCUAGACAGGUGUCAAGACCAUUACUAGAACGAUCCUUUUAUCGUAAAGUUCAGUCUAGAAAACUGUUCAGCAACAGGGAGAGCUUUGAUACAAUAAUUGCAAAAACAGAAGAAAAACUCACAAAGACCCGUAUGAAUUACAAGAAUAGCUACAUGGAAUACAGAGCAUCUCCUGGACCCCAACAACUGACAUUGUACUGCGAUGCCCACAACACGUACGUGCAGCAACUGAGAGCGACAAAUGCGAUGCUGGACGCGUACCAUAACAACACUCUGCCCUUGCUCAUGCAGGAAUUGGAAGAAAUAUAUACCGAUCUCUGCAGAACCUUAUCAGAAUCUCUGGUGCAAGGAUCUGAAAUUAUAUCAACCCGGACCACAGAGCAAAGUAAACGCUACGACGGCUUAAGCGGUCACUGUCGCUCGGUAUCGGCGGGAAACGAUCUGCAGCAGCUUUGCAAGGCUUUGGGAGGACCAGCUCCUAAAUUGCCGCGGAAACAUUUUGUGCCGCCGCAACCUCCUGCUGAGGAAGAUUCCAAGAACUCGGAUAAUAAUCCACCAACAUUCAAAAAUGAAGUAGUCCUUGAUAAUACAUCAAUGGAUGCUAAAGAAAUGCUACAAUCAUUAAGGAAGGAAGCUACAGCUUUACAGGGACAAAUACAGUAUCUACAGGACGGCGUCGAUGCAUUAAUUCGAACCCAAAGUCGAGCUUUAGAGUCGCAGCUUUUCAAUAAAGUAAACGAGAUCCAGGAAGCACUUUCCGCCAAGGCAUUCGAUCUCCGCUCCAAGCAAUUACACCUGGCAGCUAUAAAUGCACAGAAAGAAUUACUACAAGGAAAAAUAGAUGCUCCACUAGAGGAUACUAAAAUGUCAAAUUCUGGAGGUGCCACCAUGAAGAGUAAAUGGUUAAAAGCAUUCCGGAGCCUAAAACCCACCAAUAGUCAAAGUGAUAGGAAGAUAUCCAACGAUGUGGAAAACGUGUCGCACUUCCUGCAGGAGUACACCUACAAAAAGAUCACGCCCUGCGACGUCUGCUCAGAAGUACUCAGAGGUCAUACGAGACAAGGCCUUCGAUGUAAAACUUGUAAGGCGAACGCUCACGUGGAUUGCGCCAGCCGGCUUCCUCGUUGUCAGAGCAAGGCGCGCUUACUUCGCCGCCAGCGAAGCACCUCGGAGAUCGAGCCGACGGUGGAGGAUCAAACACCACAUUCUCCUCGUCGUCAUAAACUGGAUUUGAGAAUGAAGUCACUGUCUUUGGACUCGCCAGAAUCUUCUGAAUUGCACGCCCAGAGACGAAGAAUAACUCCUCCCAACAAUAAUAGCAGAAUGAGCUCCCCAUCCAGCCCGAGCAACAAGCGCCUAUUAGGCGCACGUGGCAUGCGUACAGGUAGCGUAGACCUGCCCGACCAGGAGAUGGAAAGGAGCCUCUCUUCGGCCAGCACUUCACCAUGUCCGUCGCCGAAACCCCAUCGUUUGCUGCCAACUAAUUUAUACGCAGUGCUUUACAACUUUCAAGCUAGACAUCAAGAUGAACUUGAUCUUCGUGCUGGGUAUAAGGUAAUUUAUAUGGAUUAA